CGACUACAUAGUUUCCUCAAUAGCACCGUGCAAGUACGUUUUGAAAUCAUGGGCGAGGGUAGUAGUAGACGCUCACCAAGGCUGGAUGAUGAUGAGCGAUUAUCCAGGCAUGGUAGUAGGGAUAGACAAUCAACAAGUUCUGUUGAUGACAAGCAGUCACCCAGGCGUGAUCAAGAUGAUGGGGGUACGGAAGGUGGUGCGAAACACGAUACACGAUCACCCAAGCGUGACCACAAUAGCAAGCGCCACAGAGAUAAUUCCCAAGACUAUCCUCGCAGUAGAAGCAGGUAUGGCAGAGGUGGCAGCGGUGAACGAAAACACAAUAUACGGGGUGAGCGAGACACCAGCCACCGACGCCGAAGUCGCAGUAGAAGUCGCAGUGGCAGUGUGAGGAGGCGGAGAGAUCCACGCAGCGGUGAUGCUGAUCGAGACGCCGAAUUUGAUAGUAGUGCAAGGUCUCAAGAUGGUAUACCGGAAAAGAAGGUGCGUAGUAGGCACUCUGAGAAAAGGCCAAGGCCCAGGUCACGAACUAGGUCAAGUUCGAGAUCAAGGUCAAGGUCAAGAUUAAGGACACAGGCUAAGUAUAAAAACAAAGGAAGGUCUGUCAGAUCGAGAUCAAACUCAACCAGUGACGAUGGGAGUGAAAGUGGUAGCACUGAUAGCGAUAGCGGGAGCGGAAGCAGCAGUAGUGGCAGUGAGAGCAGCAGUCGCGAUAGCAGGCGGAGAAAACGGCACAAGGCAGACAAGAAGACAAGGAAGGCACGAAACAAACGAGAUGAUCGAAAGAAAAGGCACAAGAAACACAAGAAGCAUAAGAAACACAAAUCUGAAAAGAAGAGUGGGAAGCAUAAGAAGGACAAGAAGAAGAAGGGGCGAAAACCAAAGCACAAUAGCGGCAAUGCCUCUGAUAGGUCCUACGGCAAGUACGGGAUCAUCAGAGACAGUGAUAUGUGGUCUAAACAGCCAGAACUGUUGGCCUAUGUUCAAGAGGUCAAGGGGCUCGAUCCAGACGUGGUGUCGAGAGGAGAUUUACGGGGGCAUUAUGAGGAUUAUAUGGAGAGUUACAACACGGCCACUCUACCACAUAAAAAGUACUACGAUCUAGAGAAGUGGACUAACGCAAAGGUUGCAAAAGGUGACGCUGGAAAAGACGGAUCAAUCGCUGCUAUGCUGCAUUCCGAUCCGUUCGCCUUUAACGAUGAAGAAUUGCUAAGACAAGAACGGAAGAAAGCACUGGCGGACGCAAAGAGUGUUAUCGAUCGAAAAGAAUUAUUAGCCAUGUCUCAGGUUAUGCGGGAGCGCGUUGAGGAGGAUUACAAGAAGAGACUGGGAAUGGAGACCAAUGAAAAUAGAGGAGUACGGUACCAGUAGCGCGGACAGCAGUUGAUGCCAUCACCUAUGUGAUUCUUGUAUAUCGGCAUUCUAACCAAAAAAUACUCGUUGGCUACUCACUAUAAAUGCUAUAGUGUUUAGCAUGUUUGUAAGAGUAUUAAAACACCCACGUCGAUGCAAUAUCAAAUAAAAUCAAUUUAGUAGAAGC